AUGGAAUUGGUGACAAAGGUGCAUCAGACUUAAGUUCUGGUUUAUUACAAUGAAAUUGGUGACAAAGGUGCAUCAGGCUUAGGUUCUGGUUUAGCAAAUUGCAUUAAUCUCUCAAAUUUGACACUUGACAUUACUAGUAAUAAAAUUGGUGAAAAAGGUGCAUCAGACUUAGGUUCUGGUUUAGCAAAUUGUAUUAAUCUCUCAAAUUUGACACUUAACAUUAAUGGUUAUAUAAUUGGUGACAAAGGUGCAUCAGGCUUAGGUUCUGGUUUAGCAAAUUGCAUUAAUCUCUCAAAUUUGACACUUGGUCUUCGCCUAAUGAAUGAAUCAUAAAAAUUCAAAGUAACAAGCAAGUGUCUUAAAUUAAAAAGAUUAGUUGUCUUUAAAAAUUUAUUCUGA